CGUCGUUCCCCAUCCCUUGCUCAAACGCGUCUUCUAGCGCGUCAAUCCGUUGAACCUUAAUUCCAUUGGAUCAUCAUGAGCUAGCUCUCCCACAAAACCUAUGAUUACCGAUGAUCUCUCUUUCUUAUCUGGGAUGGCACGGGGUUGGAUGAGAGAUCAGAGUCGAAUCUCUUUCUUUCACUCAAUUCUCAAUUCUGUCUGAAAAAUGCCCGUUCGUGGCCAGCCUGCAACGACGGGCCUACCGCCCGCGACUGAGCCUGGCCUCCCUGCUGGGUUCACCAAUAUGAGUGCCAUCCUUGAUGGUGACGUGCCUCAAGGGACGUUGGUGAAUGUCAUAGGUCUUGUAAAAGACUGGCUUCCGCCCAAAGAGACAAGGGGCAAAGACUUCAAAUCCAGCCUCACUCUAUCUGAUCUGUCCAUCCAAGACCGAGGAUACGGCCUCGCUUUCGAUAUCUUCCGCCCAGAGGCUGACAUGCCUCAGCAUGUCUCAGCCACCGACGUCGUUCUCCUUACCAAAGCCAAGGUUCAGUAUCGCAACUUGAACUGGUCACUAAUCUCCCACGUCUCGACCUCAAUCCGCACAUACGCGGCGAAAAAGAUCCCGAGCUUGCCAGGUACAGCCCAGAUAGCACUUAAACCUGGCCCAAAGCGAGACGGCUAUAUGCCCAAACCCGAAGAACAUCGGUAUAUAUCUUAUUUCUACCACAGAUUCGACAAAUCCGAUGUUCCGGACGAUCAGCAAUUCAAUGCGAGAGCGGAGCAAGCACUCAAUGUCACGGACAAAUUCAGUCUUCUCCAAAAUGUGGAAGACGGCAGAUUCUACGACUUGAUCGUUCAAGUCGUCAGGGAGCCUCACGAUACCGGGCUCGGCAAACUGACUCUCUACGUCUCGGAUUACACCGAGAAUCCCGGCUUUUUCGAUAAACCAUGGGAGGGCUCUGAGGAGUUGGAUUCGAGGAGCGGAGAUCCCUACGGCUACACUUCGAAUGAAGGGAUUACGCCAAAAGAUUGGGCCGGACCGUAUGGCAAAAAGUCAAUGCAGAUUACCUGCUAUGAACCUCAUGCCAGCGUCAUCAGUACAGUGGAGGCCGUCGGGCACUGGGUGCGGUUACGCAAUGUCCAAGUCAAAUAUGGACACGACGGUCGGUUUCUGGAGGGAUUUAUGCGCGAGGACCGGGGUGCCGCCGCCACAAGGGUCAACGUGGAGUUUCUUGAAAUUACUGACCCCGAGACAAUAGACCCGAGACUGAAGGAAGCGAUCCGUCGAUGUCGCGACUUUCAGAAGGAGAAGAAAAAAAGGACCGGGGAAUUGCUGGCAGCCAAGGCCGCAGGCCAGAAGCGGAAAGCUUUGCUGGAGCAAAGUGACAGAUCGUUAAACAGCAAGCAGCGCCGCAAGCUGAGACGGGCGGCCGAAAAACAAGCGGCCGAAAAACAAAAGGCACAGCAGGACUGCCAAGUCAGCGAAAAGCUGCGCCUCGACCUCAACGACCAGGUAGAGCACGAAGCGCACCCCGUUCCAUUCACCACGAUUGAGACUAUUCUGGAACCCAAAAUAUACGAGACGGUCGAGGACGAGAAGAAGAUCUCCCUGGUGGUACCAUUCAGCAAUCAUAAAUACAGGUCAUGUGUUCGCGUUGUCGACUUCUACCCCCCUUCACUGGAAGAGUUUGCGCGCGGCCGAAUUCAGAGCGACUUUGAUGUGCUCACUGAUAACGAGAGCGGCAGCGACGAAUUAUCCUCGCAGGAUCUGGAAGGCGAGGCCUCAGGCGGCGGGCGCCUGAUCUGGGAGUGGGGCUUUGCCCUCCAGCUCGAAGACGCAACGCCACCGGAAACCGCCGGGAAGAACAAAAACCGCGACCCGAAGCCGCGGCUCUGGGCGUUUGUAAAUAAUGCUGAGGCGCAGUGCCUGACCGGUCUCCACGCAACGGACCUUCACCGGGAUCAGGCUACGCUUGAGAUGUUGCGUGAGCGUAUGGCCAUCCUCUGGGGCGAUCUCGAGUCCAAAAAAACGGCGGCGAAGCUGGACAAGGGCAAGGGUAAGCAGUCCGUUCGACGGCCACUGGAGAAGCCCCCCAUUGAGACCUCUGAUACGGAAGAUGUUGAUGUCGAAGAACCGGUCUCCAACAAACCCUUCGCUUGCUGCAUAGAGGAGUACGGGGUAAAGGAUGAGGAAGUGGGGGAUGGCUGGGUGAGAUGUUUUGGAUUGUUCGGGACCAAAAUUCGUUAAUCUGAGGGCUUGAAUUCCCUUAUAUGAGCUAUUGGAUUUCAAGGCAGUGGGCGUUGACACCGGGGACAAUACGGGAGGAGAUCAGGAGUUAGGGUCAAUGUUUGUCGUGGUUAACGAGAGCAAGAUAAUUUAUACCCAUACAGAGAUGUACACGAUCCAGCCC